CACGUUCUUGACUUCAUUACAACUUUGCAUAUCCUGCUGGAAACAUAACGAUGCACGAUGCAUACGUACUUUCCAGUGGUGGUGUUUCAGUGUUGGCCAAAAUAGGACUGCUCACGAUCCCUGGAGAACUUCGCAACCGGAUAUACGAAGCCCUACUUUGCUGCGAUCCACCCGUCGAUAACGACAGCUUGCCUCGGCUUGUGCCUCGAAGCAACUCCGAUAAUGUCUCGGCUCCUACCCAUCCCAGUUACUGGGCCGGCUUCCAAAGGCAAGCGUAUGGUCUCACACAGUGCUGUCGUCAGGUCCGGAAGGAGCUCCUUCCCAUGUACAGAGAGAACACUAAAAUACGCAUCGAUAUUUGGGACCUGAAAAAUUAUCUUGCCAAAGUCAUCCAACCUGCCACCACCGCCGAUCCUGAGCUACUUUACGGGAACAUCAGUAUCGAUGUUACAUCUCCAUGCAGAAUCGAUCUCCAGGAUCUGCUGCUGUCACACAAUUGCGCGCCGCAUCUUCAUCUUGAAUUCACGCACCCAGAGCGGGAAAGCGACAUGAUGUCCAUCUUACUCGAUGCUGAUCGUUGGCCGCAGUUUCAUGCCUAUAUCUCAGAGAGAACUACGCAGGUCGUAGUCGAUAUAGAUUUUGACGACUUUAUUGCUGUCUGUGGCAGCAUGGACUCGGAUGACGAUCAAGAGCCAUGGCCUUACCCGCUGACUCAAGGUUGUGUGCUGCAUGUGAAACGGGAGUUUGCUGAGGAGUGGAUGCGCGAGCCGCUUGUUUUCGAGAAGUACCGAGCUGAGAUGGGUGACUGGGAGAUUGCGCUGGGAUUGACGGGGCGGAAGAAGAUCAGGUGUCCGUUCAGGCCACAGGUGGAGAUAGGAACAGUUGCUUCCUGAUGCUUACUGCUUGCUGCUGGCUGCUUUUAAACGAAAAGCCUUCAUUGUUGCUUCCGUUGAGCAAUAAGAUAUAGAAUUUAACGGUAGUCAACUGGUUCUCUAAACCCUGCAGGAAGCUACCAGUAUAUAUACUAUCGCAUUCGUAUCAAGGCGAUCUGUACCUAUGGACAAGCACCUGUAGAACUUUACCAACCUCCAACAGGUCCUCGAGUACACGCUCCUCUAUACAAGACGACAUCGUGUCUAGGUUGGACAAGUUGAGUACUCGCUUGGGAAGCGAACACUAG